GGAUACUUCAGAAUAAUUCUAAACAACAACGAUAAGUAACCCCAUUACCCUCAAACUCGCUUAAACUCUCCAAUAGGAAACUUCACUGAUGGCUGCUUUCAACACAUUCAAACUAUCACUUCUCUUGAGUCUGCUCUCAAACAUUGGUCUGUUGCCAGAAACAAGCAAGAACAAUGUUGGGCUAUUUCCACCAACAUGUAACCGGAUAGAGUGCCCAACUUUUGAUGUGAUUCAAGCUGGCAAUGACUAUGAGAUUCGUAGGUACAAUUCCACCGUGUGGAUGUCAACUUCUUCUAUUCAGGGUAUUUCUCUUGUUGAGGCUACCAGGACAGGCUUUCUUCAGCUAUUUGACUACAUUCAAGGAAACAACAAAUACGAGCAACAGAUAGAAAUGACAGCUCCGGUGAUCACAGAAGUUUUACCAAGCGAUGGACCCUUCUGCGAGUCAUCAUUUACCGUCAGCUUUUAUGUCCCAAAGGUGAACCAGGCAAAUCCGCCAGCGGCAGAAGGCCUCCAUGUCCAAAGAUGGAAAUCCACAUAUGUAGCAAUAAGGCAAUUCAGUGGAUUUGUUACGGACUAUAAUGUCGGAGAGGAAGCGGCUGCCUUGGAAGCCAGUCUUGAAGGCACUGCUUGGUCUGCUGCAAUCGAGAAGACUCGGAAAGCUGAUGCAAGUUCAGUUUAUACAGUUGCACAGUAUAACUCUCCAUUUGAAUUCAGUGACAGGGUGAAUGAGAUUUGGAUUUUGUUUGAUAUGGAAGAUGAGUUCUUGCCCGCAUAAGUUUAAAGUACGAGGAAAAUAACUGAGCUAUCCUAGAACUACAAGUUAACAAUCUUACAGACAACUCCUGAGAAUGCUUUGUUCUUAUGUUCUGAAUCUCUGAACUUUGUCUGAGAUGAGAAACCGAGGAUCAAAGAUUCUGUAUGUAACAUGUAGCAUUGGAAAAUAAAUAGUUUUCGAUAAUUUAAUCUUUCUAGUGGUUUUCCUUUGACAACUCUUAACUGAAAAUUCAUAGCACAUCAUUAAAUGUACAGAAAGUAAGUAAAUAUGAUAGAAUGAAAAAGUUGCUAGAUUUACAAUUUU